CGAGUACGAUGAACAUUCGGGACUGCUCUACCACCCCGCGACUCUUCGCGUGCUGACUGGGAUGCUGCUGAUUCAUGCGAACGAAGAAUGGGGUUGUUUUUUCACGGCAAAAAUCAACCGGAUCUCUGGCGUUGACCUCCUCCCCCGGAUUCCCUGCGCCAACUCCAAACACUCCCUCACCGUUUCGGUUCUCAGAAGAUGUCAUCACCGACGCCAAAGCUGUUCCAGGAGAUCACGGUUGGGGACGUGACGCUCAAGCAUCGCGUCGCAUUGGCGCCUUUGACGCGCUUCCGCGCGGACGUCAACCAUGUCCCGUUGAACAUCGUGCGGCAAUACUACGAGCAGCGAGCCCGCAUUCCUGGCACUUUGCUGAUAUCCGAAGCUACUUACAUCGCCGCCAAAGCCGGUGGCUACAACAACGCGCCAGGGAUCUGGAGCGACGCUCAGAUCGACGCGUGGAAGAAGGUCACCGAUGCGGUACAUGCACAGGGGUCUUUCAUAUACCUCCAGCUCUGGGCUCUCGGUCGCGCGGCCAGCGGCGACGUGCUCAAGAGCGAAGACCCCAGCUUUGACGUCGUCUCCGCAUCCGACCUGCCCAUCACCGGCUCUAAAUUCACCCCGCGAUCGCUGACCACGGAGGAGGUGAAGGAGUAUGUGCAGUUGUACGCGACCGCCGCGAGCAACGCUGUACACCGCGCCGGAUUUGAUGGCGUCGAGGUUCAUGGCGCCAACGGCUACCUCGUCGACCAGUUCCUUCAGGACAAGAGCAACAAGCGUACGGAUGAGUACGGUGGCUCCAUAGAGAACCGCGCCAAGUUCGCUCUUGAGGUCGUGGACGCGAUUGCCAAGGCCGUCGGACCUACCAAGACCGCGAUUCGUCUGAGCCCGUGGGCCGAUCUCCAAGACAUGCGCUUGGACGAUCCGAUCCCGACGUUCAGCUACGUCGUGCAGCAGCUCAAGUCCCGCCAGCCGGAUUUAGCGUUCAUCCACGUCAUCGAGCCGCGCGUCAAGGGCACGGUCGAUAUCGACGGUGGCGCGCCCGCGGGCGAGUCGAACGACUUCAUUCGCGAGAUCUGGGCUCCGCGCCCGCUCAUCUCCGCUGGCGGGUACAACCGCGAGCUCGCACUUAGGAAUGCUGAGGACAAGGGGGACAUUAUCGCGUUCGGAAGACACUUUAUUGCUAACCCGGACCUGCCCCUGCGCUUGGAGAAGGACAUACCGCUGCACCCGUACGACCGUUCGACGUUCUAUACGCCCGAGAGCCCGGUGGGAUACAUCGACCAGCCGUUUGCGGAUCAAGAGACGGAGACGUUCGUAACCAAACUCUAGAUGAUCGCAGAAACACAUUACAUGAUAGGAGAAGUUCGAGUUCGACAUGUAUACCCAAAACCAUUGUUUCCGAUGGCGUUGAGAUCUUAUGUUGUAGGGUUAGGGUCGCGAACGUCGGACCUCUUCCGCUGAAACGGCUCCCGCCCCGGGCCGCUCGAUGCAGCGUUGUCCUGCUUCAAUCAGCGAUAGUCGCUUGGUAACCUCGACAGCGACCUAAAUCCUCUGGCUCCAAACCUGGUCAGGAUAAGAAUCGGUGAAACGCGGAGGCAUUUCGAGGACGCUCCGUUCACGUGUGAUAAUCAUGCACGCACCGCUGGCCUACGACUCGUCGCCGGCCCGUCACAAGAUUGUUCUCUCAGGCCGUUGCCACACAAGCUGGUGGAUUGCGCGCACAUCGUCCGCGCUGAGGCAUUAACCUCAAGUGCUUCCUGCUACAUAAAGAGAGCCUGGAAACGUUGGACAUGGUCAACCAUCAUGCUACGGUGGAUCGUUCUGCUGUGCCUUUUUGCAGGCCAGGUGUUCUCGGUCGCGACAUUUACCAAUCCGAUAAAGCAGACCGAUGGCUCUGAUCCGUUCAUGGUAUUCCAUGAGGGAUACUACUAUCUGACUACGACGACCUGGACAAACAUCCAGAUCACCCGUGCCACUACUAUCGCAGGCCUGAAAACCGCAUCGCCCAAAGUCAUCUGGACCGAUAGCACUGCUUCUAGGUGCUGCAAUAUCUGGGCACCCGAGAUUCACUGGGUAGAUAACGCGUGGUACAUGUUCCUGGAGAGAGCGACAACAUUCAACAAUCAGUUCAUACACGCCAUCAAAGGCUCUUCAAAUAUUAUCUGGGACUCCACCUGGAGCUACGCCUCCCGCAUCGCCAUACCUAACCGAGAUGUGUGGUCCAUUGAUCCGACGAUUCUCGUCUACGGAAGCAACAACUAUUUAGUCUAUUCCUCUUGGGAUGGAGACGAUCAGUGCUUGUACAUUGCCGAAAUGACCAGCGCCACGACAGUCGGCAACGCGGUCAAAAUCUCCACCCCGACCUACAGCUGGGAGCAAGUCAGCGCGAACGUCAACGAAGGCCCAGGUACGUCACUUCGGUUCGCCGCUGUAUCACGGUGGGAAUACUUGGAUAAUUUACUCCGCCUCCAGUUGCGCCGGAAGCGGGUACAAGCUCGGCCAGCUCACGCUCACGGGAACUGAUCCGCUCAGCGCGUCUUCGUGGACCAAAUAUGUAAACCCAAUUUUCCAGUCCGCGAAUGGUAACGACGAACCGGGCCACAACGGCUUCUUCCUCAGCUCGACAGGGGACGAAAUUUAUAUCGUGUUCCACGCCUCGGCGACGGAUCCGGCCGUGUGCGAUGGCAGCCGGUACACGAUGGUUCAGCCUGUCUAUUGGCACACCGAUGGGACGCCGAACCUUGGCUCGCCCAGGGCACUCACGGACGCCAUCCCGGAGCCCGACUAACCUUGGGGUAUGCUGAGGGAUCCGGAUUCGCUGGGGAGGAUGGGGUUCUCCAUGGGAGUUGACGUAUUUUGUAUCACUGGUCCCGCCAGUUGUUUUCAUGACAUUGCC